AUGUUUCGAUUAUCACAUCUUAAACCCCGCUACUUUGGGAAUCAUUUAUUUAUCAAUCAAAAACUUGUUCAAAAAUCACAUUUAUUUUCUAAGCGGAAUGUUUCAUCAUCUGCCACCUCUUCGUCGCCUAGAGAACAGCUCAAAGCUGCAGACAUGAUAGCUCCUGUGAGUAGAGUAUUUCUUUAUGCAUUUUUGACAUAUUCAACACUUCAUGCUAUUUGGUGGAAUCUAGAAUUUGAAACAAAAGAAGCUCAGUAUAAAAAGGAACUUGACGAUCUUGAAAAGAAAAUAUACGAAAAAGUAGCACAACUCGAUUGUCAAAUUAAAGAAGCUGGAAGUCAAACAGAACUUAGCGCUGGUGAAAAAACACACAAUAACAUUCAUAAGAAAAGCUGGUUCUGGUAA